AUGGCAAGCUUGCAGUACACUACCCUGGACGUUUUUACAACGAAAAAGUUUGCCGGCAACCCAUUGGCUGUGUGCCAUGUACCAAAAGGCGUCACUCUCACCCAAGAGCAAAAACAGACCAUUGCUGUCGAAUUCAAUUACUCGGAGACCACUUUCCUGCACCCGUGCUCGAAUGAAGGUGAUGAAGUUCCUGAAUGGCCACUGGACAUCUUCACUAUCAAGUGCGAGCUACCCUUUGCUGGUCAUCCUACCAUUGGAACUGCGUGCCAUAUCCUGAGUCAAACAGACAAGACCAAGGGUAGAUUCAAGGUCAAGGCUGGCAUCAUUGAACUCGACUACAAAGAUGGUGUAGCAAAGGCUUCCAUCCCUCACAACACCCAUAUCCACUCUACGACCGACUUGUCUGCUUCUGCUAUGUUGAAGUGGCAACCUGGCCUCAAGCCCUUCUACCAGUCUGGAGAUCUGAAGAUUGAUGUCGUGAGUCCUGUCAAGGGCAUGAACUUCGCCAUGAUCGAGCUCAAGAGUUUGGAGGAACUGGCAGCAGUCACUCUGCCUGGUACGGAACUCAACUUUUCUCUUGAUGCAGACUGGAACGUCGGACCAUGCUUCAGCAAAUUCUUCGUCCGCAUGCCUGACCAGGGCGAUGGUGUCAGAAGACUCAGAACCAGAAUGAUUGAAGGCAGCUUCGAGGAUCCGGCGACUGGAAGUGCUUGCUGUGGGCUGACAGCGUACUUGGUAUUGAAGGAAGGCAUCCAAGACGGAAAGGUCAAAUUUGAAAUUCUGCAGGCUGUUGAGAUAGGAAGACCAAGUGAGAUUGGUGUUGAGAUUGAGGUCAAGAGUGGCGAAAUCAAGGCGGUUGUGCUGUCUGGAAAGUCUGUGAGCGUUAUGGAAGGCAAGAUCUUCUAUGAGUAG